AUGUCAUUUCUACAAGAUAGGACUGCUGCAAUUGAAGUCGAAAAUAUAUUAUCUCGUUCAUUCAACUUAAACGGCGGUACUCCACAAGUAUCUUCUCUAUCUCCAAUAUUAUAUAUUGUAUAUAUAGCAGAUUCAAUGAAUGAAAUGCCGACUCAUACAGAACAUGGUCUAUUUGCUUUUAAUACUGCUCUAUGGACAUCAUCAAAUACAAUUUCAAAUCUUACAUUAAAACUUCGACAAUCUACAGAUGAAUUUCAAAGUUGGUGCAAUUCAUGGAAAUUGAAAUUAUAA